CGGGGCCAACCGGAGCGCGGCCCUGGUUCCUGAGGAGAAGAAGAAGCGAGAGGAGGGAGAAGAGGGGCGGCAUGGAGCUCCGGAGGACGGUACAGAUCUGCCGUUUCCACCUGCUCCUCCUCCAGCAUAAAAAGAGCCCCUGGCUGCUCUCUGCCCCACAAUGCCGGCAGCGCUCAGACUCCCACCUGUCCAGAUCUCAUGGACAGAGGGGGCUGGUGAAGAAGUUGUUCCUGGGAGUAGCAGUGGGACUCCCCUUGGCAGUCGGGAUCCGCUAUGCGAUGGUGGACAAGCAGGAACGCCGUAAGAUGAGGCUGUUGGUGGAAGGUGUGGGUCGCUUUGUCAGAUCUUUGCGGCUGGGAGUCCAGAUCUCUUUGGAUUACUGGUGGACUGACCAUAUCUUGUUGCGAGGCCUGGAUGAGAACAGCCCGGAAUACAAGACGGUCCUCUCCAGCUGCCACCAGCGGGCGGCUGAGUGCCUCGUCUCCGGUGCCAUCCAGAACGGAGGCCUCUACAUCAAGCUGGGCCAAGGCCUGUGUGCCCUCAACCAUCUCCUGCCCCCGGAGUACGUCAACACCCUGCGUGUGCUGGAAGACAAGGCGCUCAAGCGUGGCUACACGGAGGUAGACGAUCUCUUCCUAGAGGAUUUUAAUGCCAGGGCAGACCAGAUCUUCCUGGAAUUCGACUACCAGCCCAUUGCUGCUGCCAGUUUGGCCCAGGUGCACCGAGCCCGGCUCCAUGAUGGGACUCCUGUAGCUGUGAAGGUCCAGUACAUUGACUUGCGGGACCGUUUUGAGGGGGACAUUCGCACCCUAGAGUUGCUGCUGCAGAUUGUGGAGCUGAUGCACCCCAGUUUUGGGUUCAGCUGGGUUUUGAAGGACCUGAAGGGGACGCUGGCUCAGGAGCUUGACUUUGAGAUCGAGGGACGCAACUCGGAGCGCUGUGCCCGCGAACUGGAGCACUUCCGCUUUUUGGUGAUCCCUCACAUCUACUGGGACAAGAGCAGUAAGCGGGUCCUGACAGCUGAUUUCUACGAAGGCUGCAAAAUCAACGAUGUAGAAGGAAUUCAGAGGCAAGGCCUGCAGCCCAAGGAUGCAGCAGACAAGUUGAUCCGAACAUUUGCCCAGCAGAUCUUCCUCACGGGCUUUAUCCAUGCUGACCCUCACCCGGGAAAUGUGUUGGUACAAAAGGGCCCAGAUGGAAAGGCUCGACUCAUCCUUCUUGAUCACGGCCUGUAUGAGUUCCUCCAUGACAGGGAACGGGAAGCCCUCUGCAAACUCUGGCGGGCCAUCAUUUUGCGGGACAACAGCAAGAUGGAGUUCUACUCCAAGCAGCUGGGAGUGAAAGCUGAAGAUUACUUUCUGUUCUGUGAGAUCCUGCUGCAGCGGCCCAUCAACAUGGCGGAGUUGGCACUCUCCAAUGUGUUGACGCGAGAGGAGACAGCCUACAUGCAGGACAUGGCCAAGAACCGCUUCGACCGGAUCAUGCAAGUCCUGAAGGACCUUCCUCGUUCUAUGCUGCUUGUCUUCCGCAACAUCAACACUGUGAGGGGCAUCAAUGUGGCCUUAGGGACCCCCGUGGACCGCUACUACAUCAUGGCCAAAAGUGCAGUGAGGUGCUGGAGCCAUACCAUUAGCCAAAGGUCCAGUGGCAUUAGCAACAGCUUCCUCUUCCGCUGGAUCCGUGCAGCCUGGGAUGGCUUCCUCUUUGAGUUUGCACUCAGGGUCCAGGUAACGUCCAUGAAGCUAACUACCUCUUUCUUGCGGUUCCUGGUUUAUGUUGGUUUCCUGAAAGAAAACGAAGAUCAAGAUCAGAUCUAUGAGUUCCUAGAGGCAUAGGAAGGCCUUAUCCCAGGGGGAACAACCAUUUGGCUUGAAAUGAGCGGGAAGGGUGGGCUUUGAAACCCUGCCCAAACUUGACUUGUACCUUGUGUGUGUGGCUUUUUAAAAAAGAUUCAUGAACUGGGAAACAUUCUUCUGCCCCCCCCCCCACCUUUUUUGUAUUAAUAAAAUACAACAGCAGUAACAGCAUCUUUUGACACGUCUGGUCCCACUCCAGUGAUGGCUGUCAUUUGCCCUACAAGAGGAUAGCUUCUUUCCGUCAAGUGCAGAGCAGAGGACUGCCACCUACGAUAAAUUAUGCUUCCUUUUUCCCCAAGAGAUUUCACAGAGAACUUCCCUACCUGCUAUAAA